AUGUCCACCAUGAUGACGUUUGAGUACCUGAGCCAGCUGUGCCAGAACAAGGAGCAGGUGUACCCUCCCAUCGGGUCCGCUGCAGGGGGACCCCCAGCCUCUGAGGACUGCAUCCACACCGUUCCCUUCCAGUUUGACCUCAUUGAGCUGCUCCCCAAGUGCCAACAGAUAGAGAUCUUCUUCCUCACACUCAGCAGAGGUGAAUGUUAUCAUGUGAUAAUGUCCUCAAGACCUAAUUGUUUUUUUAAACAUUAAUUGAUCAAUUGUAGUAAAUUCAGGCAGUAGUCCAAACCUGGGUCCCUCCUAUUCUUAGUCUAACACCUUAGCCAUUUUUACCCCAAGAGGUCCAAACCUCUUGACAUGGUCACUACAAUAUUAUGAAGAUGGCGAUUGAAGUAAUGAAAAUGUAUUUGUGUUUAUUGCAGUGGAGAAUGAGGUGUCCCAGGGCGCCCCCUACUCGGCCAACGAGCUCCUGCUUAGUCUGUUUCACAGCAGCUUGCAAAACGAGCUCAGUGACCGCGAGAUCACAUUGGCUGAUUAUGAGAACGUCACCUUCAUGCAUCACAUCCUAGACAGGGAACGAGAUGGACAUGUUGCACCCUUCUCUCUACCUGUCAUCAGAGGUAGGCAUUCUAAAUGUGUGCUUCUGCUGUACAUCUGCUUGUUCUUUGGAGUCUUGACUGAGUUAAUGUAAAGCAUUUUGUGACAACUGUUGAUGUAAAAAGGGCGUUAUAAACACGACUGACUGAAAACAACAAAAUCCUGCUAAAGAUUGUUUCAAUUAUGUAACAUUUUAUACUCCUGCACAAAAUGACUUUUUUCUUUGUCUUUGCCAAUGUGGUUCCUUUCAAUGUUUUGAUUGAUUGGUAUUGUUACUUUCCCUUGACAGAAGAGUGCCUGAAACCUCCAGAGAGACAGGACACAGUGAUGUCAUUCCAAACUAUAGGGAGCAGUAAAGAAGUGACGGGGUCCACCUGUACCCUACAGGUAAUAACCAGUACCCUACAGGUAAUAACCAGUACCCUUCAGGUAAUAACAGUACCCUACAGGUAAUAACCAGCACCCUACAGGUAAUAACCAGCACCCUACAGGUAAUAACCAGCACCCUACAGGUAAUAACCAGCACCCUACAGGUAAUAACCAGCACCCUACAGGUAAUAACCAGUACCCUUCAGGUAAUAACCAGUACCCUACAGGUAAUAACCAGCACCCUACAGGUAAUAACCAGCACCCUACAGGUAAUAACCAGCACCCUUCAGGUAAUGACCUGCACCCUAUAGGUAAUGACCUGCACCCUAUAGGUAAUGACCUGCACCCUAUAGGUAAUGACCUGCACCCUAUAGGUAAUGACCUGCACCCUAUAGGUAAUGACCUGCACCCUAUAGGUAAUAACCAGUACCCUACAGGUAAUAACCUGUACCAUAUAGGUAAUAACCAGUACCCUACAGGUAAACCUUUUAACCAGUAUGUGUUCUCUCUUCGGGAAGAGAGAUCCAGAAGGUUCCUCCUUGGCAUUGAUAUCAGUUUUAUGCAAUGUAAAACCACCAAUGGGCCAGAGGUUCUGCUUUUCGUGUCCAGGCAUGGUUUACACUACCCUCUUGUUCCUCUCAUUAUUGAAGCUUUGUCCACCUUGGGCAAUACUCCUUUUGUCUAUUUUGUAACACUUGUCAUCUCUGUACGUUUGUCCCCUCUUUUUCUCAGAGUUUCAGCAAUGCUGACCUGGUGGACGAGGAGUCAGUCCCAGUUGAGAGGGAUGGGUCUACCCCUCAGUGGAAGUGUUACGCCAAGUACAUCAGCCCCCAACAGAUCCUCCUCACCUUCCUCCCUGACACCUUCACAGGUAGGCCUGGUAUACUAUACCCCCUUCUCCUUUCUGGGAUCUGGUCUAGUAACAGGUCAAAUCCACUUCUGUUCUCUGUGCUCUGCUGUAGUUUCUGAUGUGCAAAUAGGACAGAACUACAGCUCUUUCUACUCAUUACUCAAGUGGGGGCUCUGCUCUAGUAAUAGUAAUCCUAUGUAUUUAGGCUAGCUACCAGCCUAGUAUCAUGUGCUAGUUUUAACUGAUUGUGACAUGCUUAUCAUCAUAAAGUUGUAUUGCUACAGUGAUGUGUAUUUUAUAGAUGUUGGUAAUGUUACUAUGUUAAUAAAGAUCUUUGAACAUUGUUGUGUGUUAUCUGCAGAUGUCCAGAUGUUGAUGUCAUCUGGGCUGGACACAGAGCCCCAGGGUAACGGAGAGGAUGAUGACACCCUGACAACCAGCAACAAAUCACAGGCCGAUUCUCACUCUGUCUCCACCAAUGGGCUGGAUGGUGGGUUGACUGGCGAUCUGAUGUCCCCCCUGCUCUCCCCUGGUGGUGGUGGUCCUGUGGGACCCAGGUCGCGCCUGCUCUCCCCUGGAUCUGGGAGCUCCAUGGUGGAGCAGGACAACUGGGAGAGCCGGCCCUGUGAGCCAGAAAAUGGCACCAAAGGUGCAGUUAAGUACUAUAGGAUUAUUGUAUUCUUAGUCUGUUGCUACCAACAUACCUUCUCACCAACCCUCUCGGUCUCUCUGUCUCUCUCUGUCUCUCUCUGUCUCUCUCUGUCUCUCUUUCUUUCUUUCUCUCUCUCUCCCUCUCCCUCUCCCUCUCCCUCUCCCUCUCCCUCUCCCUCUCCCUCUCUCUCUCUCUCUCUCUCUCUCUCUCCCUCUCCCUCUCAGCAACAAAAUAAUAUUACUGUUUUGGAAGGGAAGGGAUGGGGCUCCCAGAACAAAUUGUGUUUAUUUUGCUGGCUGGCGUCACGCUGAAAUGUAUCCCCUAUCUAGUUGUGGUUGUAAAUUAUUCUCUCUCUCUCUACCCCUCUUUCCACCUCUCUCUCUACCAAUUUCUCUCUCUCUCUACCUCUUUCUCUCUCUACCUCUACCUCUCCCCCUCUCUCUCUCUCUCUCUCUCUCUCUCUCUCUCUCUCUCUCUCUCUCUCAGCAAUAACAUAAUAUAACUGUUGUGGAAGGGAUGGGGCUUCCAGAACAAAUUGUGUUUAUUUUGCUGGCUGGCGUCAUGGUGUAAUGCAUCCCCCUCUCUAGUUGUGGUUGUAAGUUAUUCUCUCUCUCUUUCUCUUUCGCACUCUCUCUUUCUCCCUCCUUUCUCACUCUCUCUUUCUCUCCCUCUCUCAGGUGUGGAUGAGAGGGAUGGGGUGCAGUUUGCUGAGCCCCAGAAGGGAGACUUCCACAUCACGUUCAGUCGCCAGGUGUGCCAGCAGAGCUCAGGGGACUUGUCCCGUCCGUGCUUCCCUGUAUACGUCUAUAACUGUUCCCUGGACUCUCUGAAGAACCAGCUAGUCCAUCCCCAUUUCAACAGGCAGCCAAGGGACAUCUUCUUCAGGUAUCCAGUAACACACACACACACACACACUUGGGCUACUGAUUGGGAGCACAUCUGGGUUCAAUAGUAUUGGUUUUCUUUCAAGUACUUUAUCUGCACUUGAUUGUGGAUUGAGCUUGCCUGACACCAUGGAACUAAUGGAAUAUUCUCAGCAGUGGAAAUCUAGCCAUCUGGGACACCGGGCAGGCUCAAUCAAAAUCUCCCAAGUAUUAUGAGGAACAGAUACAAUUUAAACCCAGGUCUGGGGAGGGGAAUAGGGCAGAUCCAAGGCCCUGUUUAUGUGACUGACUCUUGAAACUCUCUCAGUCAAAAGUCCUACCAUGUCAUACCUGAUUAUACCCUUCAUACCCUUCAUAAGUUUACCCUUCACUCAACAUUGGUUGCCAGCAAGGUCAUUGUGGUUACCUGAGCCCCAUGCUAAUGUUUUCCUUUACUAUGGUGAUAAAUAGGCCUCAAGACGCUGACUCCUGGGAGAUGCAUCAGCAGAUGAAGUUCAGGUAGCACAGCACUGCUAGCUUACUACUGCUUCCAUCCUCCUGCUGCUCACCUCCUCCUCCCCCCUCCUCCUCUGGUGAGAUCCAUCUCAAUUCAUCUUUCCUAAAUUCCUUGCAUCUUUGCUCUGAGGGAAUGGGGGAUGGGACCAAUACGGUUGAGAAGGAGGUGAGGGGAAAGCAUGCAAGGAGUCAUGGAAAGAUUAACUGAGCCGUGGUGUUUCGGAUCGGCGCAUGUGGGAGGAGCUUAGGCCUGAUCACAUGCUCCUAUCUCCUCUUUUUUCAGACCAGGGAAAGGAUCCUCCUCCUCUCUAAGUGGGUGGGGUUGAGGAAAUCACUCUCUCACUCAUUCCUUCCAUGCUUGUGUUGCUAUGGGGAUGUUGGUAUCUGCCUCCAGAGAAGACUGUCGCCUCUAGACAUUUUGACUUGAAAUUCAUUAACAUACUUGAAGGCUUGACUCCACAAAGCAUGACCCUUAUAUUUGCUAGAGCUCAUAGCUUCUUGUAGGAGGCCGUCUCUCUGUCUGCAGUCAGAUACUAAUGGGUGAAACUGUCAAAAAUCAACAUGUCUGCUGUGUGAACUGACAAUAUCUUACUUAUUGUAUGUUCCCAGUAAACCAAAUUUGGUUCAUGCAGUUAGGGUAGUUCGUUCAAGCUUCUCUGAGUUUUGUAUACCCUACUUGAUGUCCUGAACAUUGUGCUAUGAAAAUCUCUCCUCUUAGCCUAGUUUCUUGGUACUCUUUUUUCAUCUGUGAAAUAUGGGAAUUAUACACUUGUGUAUCAUGGUACAGGACUGACUAUGUUGACACAUAGUUUUGACAUAUUGGAUACAUUUUCUGAACUGCUUAUUUACCCCCUUAAAACUCAUGCUUUGGAGCUCUAAUGUUGUGGAGUGUUACCUUAUCCUCAAGCUAAUAGACUUUAACAGCAGCCUCCUCACCUCAAUGCAUAAUGCAGCAUUACAUGGAGCUGCACCGUGUGUUUAUUUUCUAACAGAGAUUAAAGAUCAUCAGAGAUUUGUGUUUUUUAUGACAUGAGAUUAGAGACUGUGUUUGUAAAGGAGAUAUGCAGCAUGUUAAUAUCGCCAUGUUAUAUUUGAGGAUUAGACUAUGCUCCUUCCUUUCUAUGGCUUGUAUGGUUCUCUGACAGAUCUACUGCCGGGCUGAGUGUGGUUCUCUUCCUCCUCUUCUGUAACAGUGUUGGGGUGUUUGUCUGUCUGAUGUCUGUCUCCUUCCCUCCCUACAGGUCCCUAUCUCAGGAACGCAGCAGCACCUCCUCCUGGACAGACCUGAUGUCGCAGCCUCAUAAACACAAGGAGCUGGCCAACUACUGCAGCCUGCUACAGGAGCACUACCACAACAGCUACGUCAAAGGUAAUGCACUACCACCACAACUACGUCAAAGGUAAUGCACUACCACCACAGCUACGUCAAAGGUAAUGCACUACCACCACAGCUACGUCAAAGGUAAUGCACUACCACCACAGCUACGUCAAAGGUAAUGCACUACCACCACAGCUACUCAAAGGUAAUGCACUACCACCACAGCUACUCAAAGGUAAUGCACUACCACCACAGCUACGUCAAAGGUAAUCUUGAUUUGAACCAAAUCUAUAUUCAAAUCAAAUCUUGAUUUGAUUCUGGGGGCGGAAGUUUUCAAAUUUGAACUAAAGGAAACCGGAAAGGAAGUCUCCAUCCCUCUCAAAGCCUCUGCCAAAGACUGUCUCCAGUCCCUUCCUUUUCCCGUAUGUCAGAUUAUGCAAGUACAGUGAGGGGGAAAAAGUAUUUAAUCCCCGAGGGAGAUUGACAGUUCUUUUGUGUUUCAGCUAGUAGCUGGUUAUCUUUCUCCCUCUCUGUGUGUCCCAAAUGGCACCAUAUUCCCUAUAUAGUACACUACUUUUGACCAGAACUUUAUUCCCUAUAUAGUACACUACUUUUGACCAGAACUUUAUUCCCUAUAUAGUACACUACUUUUGACCAGAACUUUAUUCCCUAUAUAGUACACUACUUUUGACCAGAACUUUAUUCCCUAUAUAGUACACUACUUUUGACCAGAACUUUAUUCCCUAUAUAGUACACUACUUUUGACCAGAACUUUAUUCCCUAUAUAGUGCAAUACUUUUGACCAGAACUUUAUUCCCUAUAUAGUGCCCUACUUUUGACCAGAACUGUAUUCCCUAUAUAGUGCACUACUUUUGACCAGAGCCCUAUAUGCCUGUGAGGUAUUGACGCACACACACACAGGCAGGCCCUUCGAUAGCGCCUCCACUUCUACCGAGGCGUGUUCAUGGCAAACGCAAAGACAGACCGAUCUCUCACCUGUGUCAUCUCAGUGAAGGAAAAAUCAAUUAGAGGAGUGUUUAAGCUGUCAUUUCAGGAUUGGCUGUUCUGCUGCGUCGCAGAAGCAUCUGUAAACACACACAUAUACAUACACACACACACACACACACACACACUAGAAGACUCUGCUGAGGAAAAAUAUCUUCUCCCCUCUGACAAGCCUGAUGGAUUUACAUUGAUGCACAUUUCAGGUGCUGACUGUCUGUCAUGCAGAUAUAGUCAUGCCAUGUCAGCAUCUUUUCUCUCACUGAUGACUUAGUCGAAAGGUUAACACAAAAUCUAUACCCUGUGGUACUGAAAAUGCAUAAUUCAAGAUACAUUUUAUAUAAACUACAUCCAGAUAAAAGUAUUGACUCAUUUGUUAUGGUUUAUUAUUUCCAAAUGUUUUAAAUAAAAUAUAGACGUGUUGGAUUUAUGUGCUGUACUUGACUGAACUAAACGUAGAAUAGUUUGCCAGAUUCAUAUUUGAGAAUGUAGGGGAAGGUUGUGAUGAUGUAGUAGCUCUUUCUCAAUUAAUCUUUCCUCAAUUCCUCACAUCCUCUCUCCUCGCCUCCUAUUCAGAUCACAUUGGAGAAGGUCCACUUGUAAGUUCUCCUUUAAUACAGUUGAGAAGGAGGCGAGGAGAUAAGAUGAGAGGAAUCUUGGAAAGAUGAAUUAAGACACAGCAGGUGUGUAUAUGAAGUGUGUGUGUGUGUGUGUGUGUGUGAUGUGUUCUCUCCGUUCCUCAGGUGUGUACCGCAGCCUACAGCAGUCCUACAACAUCAGUUCCCAGGACGUGCUGACAGCCAUGGACUACUGUGAGGAGUCUCUCCAGGAGAUAGACAUCACUUCCUUCCUCCAGACACUCUGCGGACACAUCCGGGAGUUCCGGGAGAGCCAUGGAGACGGAGGGGUCAGAGGUCACAGCAGCACCCCUUCCACCAUCACCUUCGGAGAGGCAGAGGAGGAAGGGCUUGCCGAGAGGGGACCCAUGGCCUCCUCAUCCAGGUACUACUGGGACCUACAGAGCUGUUACCCGUUUCAAAUAUUUGAAAUACUUGAGGUGUGUUUUGACUGGUGUGCUUGACUGGCAUGUUAUCUCCAGCUGGAGCAGCCUUCUACUUGUAAUUAUCAAAUAAAUUCCAUCAGUCAAACAAUCUGGAGUUUGCACUUUUGGGACUAUCCCUGACAAAUUAAAUCAAGGUCACCUGAAGUAUUUAAAAUAUUUGAAACAUAUUUGACUCAGGUCUGCUACAAAAUUAUCCUCAUGGACACAUGGGGAAAGAGCAUGUUAUCUGACAUUGGUCCAGAGCUUAAUUUCCCACAAAGUGGGUACAUACAAGACCUUUGGGACAAAAACAAACAUUUUUGUUUUGUUUUGGUACGUGUUGGGUUCAGACCAUUGAUUGCCAGUAGUGAAUGGUGCUCUAUAAGUAAACAUGAUGACCUUGUAUCUGCAAGUAUUGAGAUGGAGGAUGUGAGUGAGGCAGAGUCCAGAUGGAAGACCCCGGCCCCCACCUCCCAGCUCGGCCUGGAUGAAACCCCCAGGACCACCAGGAUACCAGAGUUCCCUCUGUCCCUUCUCCACCUGCAGCAGAAGUGUGAGGUCUACCCUGACCUGCACAAAAUCAUACAGGUAAACAACCGAAGAAUAGAUGAUGUUGGAAUGUAAAGAAAGUAGAAAUGGAUUGUUACAAUUUGAUAUUCUUGUUAUAGAACCGUUUUAAAGAUAGCUAAUGCCUGUAUUCAACAGGACAAAUUCAUGGAAAUUGGGGCUCAGUACUUCAAGACCGUGCCUUCCAAUCCCCACUACUUCUACUACUGCCCACCAUCAUCUAAGAAAGUGGUAUGUGUAUGUUAUAGUGUUGUCACGAUACCAAGAUUUUACUAAUGAUACAAUACCAGGCCAAGUAUCGUGAUACCCAGUAGUGUCGCGAUACCACGGAGGGAAAAAAUUCAGAGUGGCCUAGCAUCCUGUUCACUCUGUCCCCCGGACGCUUGUUCCCGUUUUCUAUGCAAAAAACCUGUCACUGAUAUUCACACUUCUGCUCAAUACAACGCAUAUUGAAUUAACUUCACACUGUUCACUAUAUAAUAGAAUACUUCAAAGAGUGGCUGAUUUGCUCAUAUUUGCGAAGACCUACCUGUGAUUUGGCUGGGGGAAUGGGAGCAAGGAAUAUAUACUGUACAUGCAUAAUGAUCUGCAUGUCAUUGUGAAAACACUGCAUGAAACCUUCUUUAUUCUUCAGUUAACCCUCCCUCCCUCCCAUAAACACACACUCGCACACCACUCUCGCUUUCCCACAAACACAUACACACACUGCUCCCAACUUAAAAAAAGUUAGGCACCAAACAGAAUUUAAGGAGCACCAGAAAGAGUAUUCCCCCCUGCCCCCCAAAAUAAAAACUUUCCUGAACCAACACUGGCACAAGACCCCCCUCCCUCCCCCCUCCCCCCUCCCCUUUCUAACUCUGACUUUGCUGAUAGCUACUUUAUUGAGGAAAAGUGUACUUACUAUGCCUGUGAUAUGUGGUUGUCCCACCUAGCUAUCUUAAGAUGAAUGCACUAAUCUGAGCGUCUGGUAAUAAAAAUAAAAAAAUGACGAUGUAGUUUAGGCUUACAUUAAGCCUAUAUGGAUCCUACCUUUGAAACACAUCUCAUGAGUUAGCAGCCUCUUUUCCUUCCACUACCAAUCAAAUUUGCCUGCUGUCAAGUUACCAGGUUGUUAGCUAGCUAGGUAACAUGACUGAACAACGUUGUUUGUUAUCAAAACAAUUAUUAGCGACCCGGGGUUAGUUUAAAACAGCCCACGACAUGGUUUGUGAAAUUAUAUACAAUUCGCUCAGGAAGAGAAAUGGUAGCUCUGGUAAUACACUGAGUAUACCAAACAUUAGGAACACCUUCCUAACAUUGAGUUGGCUGGAUGUCCUUUGGGUGGUGGACAAUUCUUGAUACACACGGGAAACUGUUGAGCGUAAAAAACCUGUGCGCCUGGCACCUACUACCAUACCCCGUUCAAAGGCACUUAAAAAAUUUAAAAAAUACCCUCUAAAUAGCACACAUACUCAAUCCAUGUCAAAAUCCUUAUUUAACCUGUCUCCUCCCCUUCAUCUACACUGAUUGAAGUGGAUUUAACAAGUGACAUCAAUCAAGGAUCAUAGCUUUCACCUGGAUUCACCUGGUCAGUCUAUGUCAUGUUUUGUAUACUCAGUGUAUGUCGCUCAGAGGCUGUGCGACAGCGGACUUGUGAUUGCAAAGCCUACUCAGACUGGCCUGUGCUCUUGGUGCUCAGGGAUGUAGUUCAGUUGGUAGAGCAUGGCGUUUGCAACGCCAGGGUUGUGGGUUCGUUUCCCACGGGGGGCCAGUAUGAAAAUGUAUGCACUCACUAACUGUAAGUCGCUCUGGAUAAGAGCGUCUGCUAAAUGACUAAAAUGUAAAAAAUGUAAAUGUAAUGGUUAUACCAGGCGAUGAUGAAAUUAUACAAUAUAUCAAAUUUUUCUUGCUCUGCGCGCUGCUCCAAUGUAACAAAUGUGCAAAUGUAAUAACAGAAGAUUAAUCAGGGUUUGCAUCCCCGCUCGCCAUCACGGCUCAAAUUAUAUUUAAAAAACUGAGGAAUAGAUGCGCAGGAAGAGCGGACAGAGAGAAGCAGGUAAGUGAGGGCUGGUAGGGGAUGUGGCAGGGCUGAUUACAGCUGCCACACAUGAGAUGCGCAUGAAAGUAGAUAUUUUUGGACUGGGGUAUACAAGAGACUAGUUGCUGUUGCUUAAAAAAUUUAACUGAAUUCAUAAACAAAACUGACUGUAUAAACAGGCACCAGCUGGUUAUUUAUAUUGGUAGGGCUGAAGAAUGUGGUAGUGUCAUAUGAAACGGUACUACGGUAUUCUAAAAUGUUGGGAUCAUGACGUUUUAGUACUGUGAUAUUACCGUGGUACCGGCAUACCGUUCAACACUAGUAUGUUAUUUUCUAUCAAUUGCUCUCAGUCUCUGCAGUAUGUGUGUAUCCACUCUCCAGGAUACUGAAGAAAGCACUUGGUGCCGACACGUUGGUUCAGCACUAAAUAACUUGGAUUGGGAAUAACACGGUGCUCUUCCUCCUUUAUUUAUUGUUCUCAUCAUGAGGACUCUGAUGGGGAAGAGAAGAGACAACCUAGUGAAGAGGUUGUAUCAGAGGCUGAGCCUGCUACAGAGGACGGGGAGGAUCCUUGUAUUUUAGUUGCUUGGAUUGCUUGGUGUAACCCCCACCUAAUAUCAUCUACUUAACAAUACAUCAGAUACUCUAUACUCAUCCUGUGGACCACAGAGUACAUGUAGUUAAGGAUACAUCAUAAAUCCUGUGUGCUAUGUCAUAAUACUGUGUACUAUCUCACCCUUAUGUGGGCAGCAGGUAGCCUAGCGAUUAAGAGCAUUGGGCCAGUAACCGAAAGGUCAUUGGUUUGAAUCCCAGAGCUGACUAGGUGAAAAAUAUGUUGAUGUGCCCUUGAGCAAGGCACUUAACCCUAAUUGCUCCUGUAAGUUGCUCUGGAUAAGAGCGGCUGCUAAAUGACUAUUAUUAUUUUUAUUUGUAUAAAUUGUAAUCCACCUGUGCACCUCAGAGUACAUGUCGGGCUGUUGCAUCGUGACAGAGAGCGACACAGACCUGGAGGUAGAGUACCAGGAGAGGCCUGGAGGCCGGAGAUCCCUAGGGGCAGACGGAGAGGGGGAGGCAGACGGAGAGGGGGAGGAUGAGUCCCUGUCUGACUCCAACACCGUGAACCAGGACGAGGACUCAUUCAGCAUCCUAGAGGGAGACAGCCUGUUGGAGCCAGAGGGGCCACAGCCUGAGAUGCCCCCACUGUUCAUCCACCUCACCUGCUCUGUUAACAUGAAGAGCUGCCAUGGAUCCAUGCCCAUAACCACGCUACCCACCUGCCUGGGUGAGUACACACUGCCUCUGCUCUGUACCUGGCACCCCUCACAGCCCUCACAGAAUAGACUCAAGACAAUAGACAGCAUGUGAAUCAGACCUGGGUUGAAAUAGCUGCACUUUAUUGAGUUUGUCUGGCACAAUGGAACCAGUGGACUAGUACCAAAAGUGCUAACCCUUCCCAUCUGGCAAUACAGGCUGGCUCACUCCUACGGUCAAAGUAUUUGAAAGACAAAAAAUACAAUUUGAACCCAGGUCUGGUGUAAAAAGUCUAUAUUAAAUGUCCUGCAGUUUAUGUUGAGACCGUGUUAUUGCAGGUGAGGUGAUCACGUGUCUGGAGAAUGCAGAGACCCUGCAGGCUGUGAAUCUGAAUAAUCUGUCUGUCACACUGGACAUCUUUGUCCUCACCUUACCCCUGGAGAUAGAGGACAUGCAAUCAGACUUGAGACCCAACAGGUUAGAUCCUACUUAAAAAUUAUGUGGAACGAAAAUAGCCCUUUACACUCAUACCCGUACAAGGGUUAAAAAUGACAGAUUUGGCCAAUGAUAAGCGCCUAAAUUGGAACACAGUGGCUGUACAGUAACAUGCUAUAAGUGACAUCAGAGCUCAGGCUCUGCGCUGUAUGUGUCUUUUGUUGUUGUUUUUCUAUGGUACUUUUACCCCUUUUUCUCCCCAAUUUCGUGAUAUCCAAUUGCUAGUUACAGUCUUGUCGCAUCGCUGCAACUCCCGUACGGACUCGGCAGAGGCGAAGGUCGAGAGCCAUGCAUCCUCUGAAACACGACCCUGCCAAGCCGCACUGCUUCUUGACACACUGGUCUCUUAACCCGGAAGCCAGCCGCACCAAUGUGUCGGAGGAAACACAGUACAACUAGCGACCGAAAUCAGCUUGCAGGUGCCCGGCCUGCCACAAGGAUUCGCUAGAGCGCGAUGGGACAAGGACAUCCUGGCCGGCCAAACCCUCCCCUAACCUGGACGAUGCUGGGCCAAUUCAGCGCCGCCUCAUGGGUCUCCCGGUCACGGCCGGCUGCGACACAGCCUGGGAUCGAACCCGGGUCUGUAGUGACGCCUCAAGCACUGCCUUAGACUGCUGCGCCACUCGGGAGGCCCCACUGUAUGGGUUUUGACUGACGGACAUUCUGAACUUGAGCACUGCUUGCGACAAGAAGUUGCCCCCAUCCCUCCCGCUAAUUAGGCAACUUUUGCAAAUGUUUUGUUGUCCAAGUGAGGGAAAUGUUGUAAAUUAAGAGGACUCGAUGCAUUACAAAAGAUGAGACGUUGAGGAUUAUAAUAAAUACUGUUUUGAUGUCAUACAACAAGCAAAACGCACAUGAGUCCAAAUGUGCACUUCACAUUUCCAUGUCAUAAAACUAAUGUCAUAUACAGUGUCAACGUUUAUGAUCACUAUGUUUGAUGUAUAGUUACAAGAUGAUAUAGCGUUAUACCCUGGGUUGUCCUGGGUUGUGAAGAACAUUUGCUGUGGAACACGCACCUGAAUGCACACGUCUCCUUUCUAUGCGCACCAAAAUUACAAUCUGUUUCUCUGAAUUGCACUGUGAAAGCCUAACACUGGAAGAUCGUAUAUAACUUAGCUAGUCAUGUUGGCAAUAGAACAAGUUUUCAAAUGAUUCACACCUGACCCAGAUUGCGAUUUAUAACGGGCCGUUUUUGGAUUGCGUAAACAACAACAGUAACUGUUAUGACGGGGAUGCAGGGCUGUGUUCCAAAGAAAACAACUACAAGUGUGCAUGCUUUAGUUCCUACAACGCACAACUAGGAAAGCUCAAAAAAACACCUUAUAGUUUAAGACUGUUCUUUGAGUCAUAAAAGUGCAUUGAAAUGACUUAGGAACUGUGCCCACUUUGGAGAGGUGUGUGGCCACUUGGAGCCACCAGUUAGUCCUCUCACUUAAACCCUUCUAAGUUUUUGGCCUUAUGUUGCACCUACCCCACAUUUUCCACGAAUAUUCUUAUCAUGUUACUGAAUGUAUCCUGAGUAUUUUCAGAUUUCGUUAUCAACAAAUGCAGUGGAAAGUACAGUAAAUGUAAAAUGCACAAAAUCAACAUUGUAAUAAUGUUUGGAUUCAGUCUUGUGUCAGGUGAACUGAUGUGUCCUCAGUUUUGGUCUAAUCAUUUUCACAUAAUCUCCAAACAGUUCCCUUUCAAUUUCUACCAUGCCAAUGCAUAUGAUUUUCAUAUUUAUUUUGUAAGAAACAUUUCAAUUUAGCCCUAUCCAUAUAGGCCAAAUCCAAUGAGUGUAAAGGGUUAAAUGACAAAAUCAAAAAUAAUUAGGAUUAAUUAGUGUUCAUAUGGGAAUGUGCUCUUUGGUUCACUAGGUUUGUGAAUAAAAUUGAAAAGAACUUGGAGCUUAAACUUGUAGGAUAUCACUCAUCCAAACACACAAAGGUGCUCUUACCGGAUACAUUAUCAUUGGAUUGAUAAGGUGCAAUGUGGAUGAGCAUAACCCUGUGCUGUAUACGUUGAUCAAACUGCAUUUCUUUCACUAGAAGGUGAUCAUGUUAACUAACGGCCUGCACUCUCUCCAGGUACACGUCAGAGAGCAGUGUCUCUCUGAACCGUUCUCCAGGUCAGCCCUCCUCCUACUGCUCUGAUGAGGAUGUGAUGGGCAACCUGGACAGCCUCAGAGGAGGAGGGUUUGACGGGUGAGUCAUUGGGAAGGAUGAGAAGAGGAGAAGCCUGGUCCUAUAUCUGUUUGUGCUGUAUAGCCAUUGUCAGUUGGCUUUACAGCACAAACAGAUCUGGGACCAGGCUAAAGGAGUAGGUGUUGACGGGUGAGUGAUCUAUAAUAAUAAUAAUAAUAAUAAUAAUAUGCCAUUUAGCAGACGCUUUUAUCCAAAGCGACUUACAGUCAUGCGUGCAUACAUUUUUUUUUUGUGUAUGGGUGGUCCCGGGGAUCGAACCCACUACCUUGGCGUUACAAGCGCCGUGCUCUACCAGCUGAGCUACAGAGGACCACCAGGAUCUAAAGCGGCAAAAUUUUCCUGAGUCAAGAUCACUUGCAGUAGGCCUAAUACAUUAUCACAGCAUAUUGGCUACAUGCCUGGCCUGCCAAUAUUGUUCUUCUCGGACCAUAUUAUAUUUAACAACUUUUUUUGGGGCGAGGCACAGCUGAGCAUAAAUGGAAAUAACGUAGUUUUUAAUUUUACUGGACUGAUGGUCACGGGGCUUUCAAGACAACUGGGACUCUGAAAAAACAAGGUCAAAUCAUGACGUCAGUGAUCUUCAAGUCUGAAAGUCAGAGGUCCGACUUGGAAUUCCGAGUUGGGUGACCGUUCAAAAUAUUUUUUCCAAGUCGGAUCUUGUUUUUUUCAGAGUUCCCAGUUGUCUUGAACGCACUGAAGUCGGAAGUCAGAGAUUCCUAGUUCCCUGUUGUUUUGAACACGGCAUUAGUCUCCCUGCUCUAUCGUUCCUUUCCUCCGGUGAGGCUGACCAGAGAAAGGGGACACCCUCUUCCGCCUGAUGGCGAAACUCGAGUCGCACCGCAUCUGCAUCAUGCACAAAUUCAUGUUGUUCCAAUGAGCAGAGAAAGUUAAUUAUUCCUUGAUAUUAAAAUAGACACGAUGAGCUGCUAAUAAUAAAGUGUUGACAGUGCUGAAUAUUAUUUUUCACGUGAACUCACUCAUAAAAACAGCAGCUCUUUGCUGUAUUCUUUGACGGUCUCUCUAUGGUCAUGGUUUUAAAUCUUAUGUAAGCUACUAUCAAACUUUGCUGUGGCCGGUGUCGUGGAAGCUGUGUAGGCACAGUGAUUUGAGCUAUCCGAUUGGCCAGUACAGUAGGCGCACUUGAUUUGGCCACAGAUCUCCCGGUCCGCCGGGUAGGUGGAGUUUGUCUUUUCAGACAAAUUCAAUUCUUAAAAAUGGGAACACUUUACUUACCCGGUGCGCAGGGCUUCUGAAUCAAGGGCACCUACCGCCAACAGCACAACACGAAUAAGAAAAAAGGAGCGCAAGCCUUUGUCACAGACUUUAUCGUUGGCUUUUCUACAGAAAUGAUAGGUGUUUGACUAGGAAUGCCUUGAAGGUCGACCAGUCAAUCGCAAUCGACCGGUUGGUGACCACUGAUCUAAAGGGUAGAUUAAAGCAUGUUGAGGAGGGUUUGGCUGAUGAUGACAUUUGUCAGCCUGCAUGACGAUUUCUCUGACCUUACAGUAGUUCAUUACUUCUUUAUUUCAAUAGGGUUGGAGGAGACCCUUUGUCCAAACUCCCAAUUCCCCAUAAACUUGCCGUGUUAGCCACCAUGGAUGAGGUAAGUUCAGUCUCUGUACUCUCGAUCUUGGAACUCGAUCUUGAUAUGAUUUGAGCUAGUCGACCGCUAAAUAGCCGGAAUUCCUCUGUCACUGAGCUACAGAUUUCAGGCCCAUUCACUCAGCUCUCCCUGUUGCCUCUCGCUGUAGAUCCGUUGGCUCCUGGAGGAUGAGAUCGUGUCAGCUCUGCGUCACUCCCGGGUCAUCAGCUCGUCCACGCUACAGAAGGUGGCGGAUCACGUGUUUCGCUCAGGCGGGCGACCACGCUGUCACUGUGAGGUCGUUCCCCUGCAGUUUGUUUUCGGCCCUGAGCAGUCCCUGGAAAAGUUCAGAGGUAGGCUGGGAGGGUGACCAGGAGGUGUGACAACUGUUCUUCUUUCAUAUGAGAGGUGAAUUUCUGUCGUUUUUUCUAGUGGGGUCAAUACGUUUUUCCCAUCAUUAGGAACCUUGCAUGUUUGUUGCACACCCAAGUUCUACUCUGUCAAUUGCUUUUAAAUAAGGAAAAUUGGUAUUGGAAUUUCAGUUUACUUCCUGGAUUGAGAUGGAACUGAUCCUUAACCCUUGAAUCUUACCCUGAACAGGAGUUCCAUAGCAUGUCAUUCUCAGGUUACCUGCUGAACAGAGAGCAGGACAACUUCCACUACAUGUCUCUGAGUAGACUCCACCCACAGAGGAUCCAGGCUGCUAAGAGGCUGUCUGAGAGCACUGUUAACACUGAGGUGGCGGGACAGGCCUCCCAACCCACCAAUCACUGUGCUGAUGUGGACGACAGUACCAGGGCUCUGUCCAAUCAUGGUGCACCAGGAAGAAGACCUGACCACAAAGCAGAGGUGGAGAGGGUGGAGCUAGACAGUGAGGUUUGUCAAACUUUUUUGGGGGAGGUUCAACCUAACCAACUAAACUCAGCAAAAAAAGAAAUGUCCCCUUUUCAGGACCCUGUCUUUCAAAGAUAAUUCGUAAAAAUCCAAAUAACUUCACAGAUCUUCAUUGUAAAGGGUUUAAACACUGUUUCCCAUGCUUGUUCAAUGAACCAUAAACAAUUAAUGAACAUGCACCUGUGGAACGGUUGUUAAGACACUAACAGCUUACAGACGGUAGGCAAUUAAGGUCACAGUUAUGAAAACGUAGGACACUAAAGAGGCCUUUCUACUGACAAAAGAAAAAUGCCCAGGGUCCCUACUCAUCUGCGUGAACGUGCCUUAGGCAUGUUGCAAGGAGGCAUGAGGACUGCAGAUGUGGCCAGGGCAAUAAAUUGCAAUGUCCGUACUGUGAGACGCCUAAGACAGUGCUACAGGGAGACAGGACCGACAGCUGAUCGUCCUCGCAGUGGCAGACCACGUGUAACAACACCUGCACAGGAUCGGUACAUCCGAACAUCACACCUGCGGGACAGGUACAGGAUGGCAACAACAACUGCCUGAGUUACACCAGGAACGCACAAUCCCUCCAUCAGUGCUCAGACUGUCCGCAAUAGGCUGAGAGAGGCUGGACUGAGGGCUUAUAGGUCUGUUGUAAGGCAGGUCCUCACCAGACAUCACCGGCAACAACGUGGCCUAUGGGCACAAACCCACCGUCGCUGGACCAGACAGGACUGGCAAAAAGUGCUCUUCACUGAUGAGUCGCGGUUUUGUCUCGCCAGGGGUGAUGGUUGUGUCAGUCGUUCGCGUUUAUCGUCGAAGGAAUGAGCAUUACACCGAGGCCUGUACUCUGGAGCGGGAUCGAUUUGGAGGUGGAGGGUCCGUCAUGGUCUGGGGCGGUGUGUCACAGCAUCAUCGGACUGAGCUUGUUGUCAUUGCAGGCAAUCUCAACGCUGUGCGUUACAGGGAAGACAUCCUCCUCCCUCAUGUGGUGCCCUUCCUGCAGGCUCAUCCUGACAUGACCCUCCAGCAUGACAAUGCCACCAGCCAUACUGCUCGUUCUGUGCGUGAUUUCCUGCAAGACAGGAAUGUCAGUGUUCUGCCAUGGCCAGCGAAGAGCCCGGAUCUCAAUCCCAUUGAGCACGUCUGGGACCUGUUGGAUCGGAGGGUGAGGUCUAGGGCCAUUCCCCCCAGAAAUGUCUGGGAACUUGCAGGUGCCUUGGUGGAAGAGUGGGGUAACAUCUCACAGCAAGAACUGGCAAAUCUGGUGCAGUCCAUGAGGAGGAGAUGCACUGCAGUACUUAAUGCAGCUGGUGGCCACACCAGAUACUGACUGUUACUUUUGAUUUUGACUCCCCCUUUGUUCAGGGACACAUUAUUCAAUUUCUGUUAGUCACAAGUCUGUGGAACUUGUUCAGUUUAUGUCUCAGUUGUUGUCACGGCCGUCUACGGAAGGAGUGGACCAAAGCGCAGCGUUUGUAGCGAACAUGACUUUAUUAAAGUUAAAGUGCACGAACGAGAAAACAAUAAACAAUGACGGAUAGUGAAGUCCUCAGUACACAGACUGAAACAUGGAACAAAAACCCACAACCCCAAAGUGAAAACACACAGUAUAAAUAUGGCUCCCAAUCAGAGAUAACGAGCCGACAGCUGACACUCGUUACCUCCGAUUGGGAGUCACUCAAAUCAAACAUAGACAUCGACAACCUAGAACACCCAACAUAGAAAAUGAACCCAUAGAAUGCACACACCCUGGCUCAACAUAAUGAGUCCCAGAGCCAGGGUGUGACAGUACCCCCCCCUAAAGGCGCGGACUGCGACCGCGCCUCAACUAACCAAAACAGGGGAGGGCUGGGCGGGCAUACCUCCUCGGUGGCGGUUCUGGCUCCGGCCUUGAUCCCCACCUCCUCUCCAACCCCCCAAAGUACCCCUGGUCCUGUCUAGCCCCGCUGGCCGGAGCCGGACUGACGACACGCGCCCCUGGCUUGGUGCGUGGAGGACGAACGGGCCUUACCAGGCUGACGACGCGCACCACUGCCUUGGCGCGGGGAGCAGGAAUGGGCCGGACCGGGCUGACGAAGCGCACCCCUGACUUGGUGCGGAGAGCGGGACCGGGCCGGACAGGGCUGACGAAACGCACCACAGACUUGGUGCGGGGAGCAGGAACGUGCCGGACAGGGCUGACGACACGCACCACAGACUUGGUGCGGGGAGCAGGACUGGGCCGGACAGGGCUGACGAAACGCACCACCAACUUGGUGCGGGGAGCAGGAACGGGCCGGACUGGGCUGUCGACGCACACCGUCGACUUGGUGCGUGGAGCAGGAACGGGUCGGGCAGGGCUGUCGACGCACACCGUAGACUUGGUGCGGGGAGCAGGACUGGGCCGGACAGGGCUGUCGACGCACACCGUAGCCUUGGUGCGUGGAGCAGGAACAGGUCGGGCAGGGCUGUCGACGCACACCGUAGACUUGGUGCGGGGAGCAGGACUGGGCCGGACAGGGCUGUCGACGCACACCGUAGCCUUGGUGCGUGGAGCAGGAACAGGCCUCACCGGACUGUGGAGACGGAUAGGAGACCUGGAGCGAAGAGCGGCCACCACCCGUCCUGGCUGGAUGCCUACCCUCACACACUCUGCGUGAGGCAUCCGCACAGAACGUACAGGGCUGUGAACCCGUACCGACAUGACAGCACGCGAUACGGGAGCAGGAUAUCCGGGACCGCGGAGAGGCACUGGAGACCUCGAGCGUAGAUCCGGCACACUCCGUCCUGGCUGCAUCCCCCCCUUCGCACGACACGUGCGGGGUGCUUGCACAGGACGUACAGGACUGUGCCGGACCACUCGUGGCACAGUACGCUGCUCCGCAUACCGCGGAACCUGCCCCGUCUCAUGCUGCCAUGCCUGAGUACGGGAAGUUGGUUCCGCUCUACCUCCAGGCCUCGCCAACCUGCCUUCUGCCUCCCAACACCCGGUGACCACCUCUCCAAAACGUCCUGUAGCAGCCGCCUGCUGCCCAGCCGCCCAAGCCAUGUGCCCCCCCCAAAAUUUUUUUUGGGGUUGCCUCUCUUCCAUCCGACGUUGGCCCUGCUGACGCCGUUGCUCCUCUCCUGCCAGGUUCUCCCCCUUCAUCGCCCUCCGGUACCGGACGGCCUCCUCCUGCGUAAUAUGUCCCCAGCCGAGGAGGACAUCCACCAGCGUUCUCUCCUGCGGGUGUUCCUGUAUACGCUGCUUGGUCCUUUUGUGGUGGGUUUUUCUGUCACGGCCGUCUACGGAAGGAGUGGACCAAAGCGCAGCGUUUGUAGCGAACAUGACUUUAUUAAAGUUAAAGUGCACGAACGAGAAAACAAUAAACAAUGACGGAUAGUGAAGUCCUCAGUACACAGACUGAAACAUGGAACAAAAACCCACAACCCCAAAGUGAAAACACACAGUAUAAAUAUGGCUCCCAAUCAGAGAUAACGAGCCGACAGCUGACACUCGUUACCUCCGAUUGGGAGUCACUCAAAUCAAACAUAGACAUCGACAACCUAGAACACCCAACAUAGAAAAUGAACCCAUAGAAUGCACACACCCUGGCUCAACAUAAUGAGUCCCAGAGCCAGGGUGUGACAGUUGUUGAAUCUUGGUAUGUUCAUACAAAUAUUUACACAUGUUAAGUUUGCUGAAAAGAAACGCAGUUGACAGUGAGGGGACGUUUCUUUUUUUGCUGAGUUUAGUUUAUUUCCAUGCAUCCUCUUUUAUGGUCUUUCGAGCUGGAUUAAGGUUUCCUAUCUUUUUAAUGUUUUAUUUUUGAAUAAAUGCAAUUUGUAUGAUUUAAUGAAUGGAUGGAUGAAUGUGUAUGAGUUUGAACUGAAUUCAUUAUUCUAUAUGUUACCUUCUUUCCCUCCAUGUGCAGGGAGAAGAGAAGACGCCUGCCGUCGGAGCUUUUAGUGAAUCUGGUAGUGACCCAGCCCAGGACCCCAGCAACCCUCCAGCCAAACCCACCCGGGCUGAUUCAGAAGAGGGCCCCAGACCUCGGUUGAGCUCAGUCGGUGCCACCUCCACAGCGGCGGGGGAUAGACCCCGGGUGAGUUCUGUUGGUGCCUCCACCGGCCGACCCCGACUGAGCUCUGUAGGCAGAGGAGGAGAGGUGAUGGGACCUCAGCUGAGCUCUGUAGGCUCCUCCUUCACGGCCAUGGGGGAUCGAGGCCAGCUCACCACCCCUCAACUCCAGCACAGCACCAGCACCGACCGCUCCUCAGAAUACACCACGUCCCCCAAGACCCCCUCCACAGUCAGCCUGGCCGAGUCGGUGCAGUCCACCACCCACAGUGAGUGUUCCUGUCCCCCAGAGCCCAGACCCAGACAACAUCUAGGACCUUUAGUAUUGAGAUGUUACAGCUACACUGCUGGGUGGUGUUCAGUAGGGAGGAUUUUUUUUUAAAACAAAGUGCAACAGGGAGGCUCGCUGUUUUGCAACGGUGUGAUACUGAAUACAAACCUGUGGUGUAGAAUGACAGAAACUAAUGAUACAUAAUGACAGAAACCAUUCACAUGGUGGCUUCCUACUGUCCUGUAUGUUUGCCCAUACUGUGUUUUAAUGGAACCAUGCUGUGACCUGCCAUAUCUCCCUGCAGAGGAGAGAUUACUAUUUCAGUGAUCAUCAGCUCUUUGACUGUGUGUGUAAGUGUGUAUAUAUGUGUAUAUGUGUGUGUCUGUGUGGAGUGUCUCUUGCGAGGCUGGCUGUGUGACAGAUACUGACACACCAAUGAGGAGUGUGUGAGUGAGUGAAUCUUCGGCAGUCUCUUAAGUCUGUUGGCUGAGCUGGCAGCUUUACCACUUGUCUACCCCUAAGGCUGUUUUUUCCCUCUCCCUCUCCAUUCCCAAAUCAACAGGCUGAGCUGACAGACAUAAUAUUACUUGAGAUGACCCCCCCCCCCCCCCCCACUCUCUUCUCUCUAGGGUACGUGUUCCAACACUGAGGUGGGGAGACUCCGAGGGCCUUCCAGAGUAGAGGCGGAGGGAGGAGGAGAAAGCCCUGAGGGUCUUAGUCAUGUCUCUGACAGUCUAAGAUAGUGGGCUUCUGGAGAUGAAUGUCUGCUACCUCAGGUGAAUUUGUUGUGGUGUAAAACUGUAAAACCUGUCUCCUCCUCAGGUAGUGGGAAGCUGAGGCCCAGCAGAGUACAGAGUGUGGUCUCCAGUCAAGGCAGCCUGGACUCUGACAUGCUGGGUAAGAGAUGGACAUUAUAGUGAUGAUGAUGAUAGUGAUGAUCUUUAUCACAAUGAUGAUAAUAAUACCGAUGGUGGUGACAAUCAUGAUGAUGAUGAUGCUGCUAAUGAAAGCUAAUAAAACAUUUGUACCUGUAUAUUUGUAGGUUAUGAUGGUGGCAGCAGUGACUCAGAGUGUGAGAGCCCCACUAUGGAAGAACAAGAGUCCCAGUCCCCCCUGGUGCCUGACUUCUGGCUCAUCGUUAAGAUCCACCAGGACAGAGUAGAGGUGUACUCCCACCCCAGGUGAGAGAGGGGAGGGGCUUAGAGAGGACACUGAUCCAGAUCAUAACUGCUGCUCACCUUCAGCCAUUUAGAAUGUUCAGUGUGCCAUCUUACAUGACACGAUUGUUGCAUAAUGAUUCCAUAAUUUAUUUAUACAGGUUAUUCUCAUUGAGAUAAAAAUCUAUUUAGUAAAAGAGACCUGUAAGAUAUAUAUAUUCGUCAUGGAAUAUUGUUUACAGGAGCUUCAACGAAGGGAAGGAGGACGGAGUGGGUGGGGGGGGGGGAUCUGCCGUAUAGUCAAUCAGGUAGGUUACACUCCUUUAUGUGAUUGUGAUCCUCUGUUUGUUUGACCUUAAUAAAAACGUUUCAAUUGUUCGAAAAGGGUAGGUUACACUCUCACCCAUGAAGACAUUUCUGCCAUUUUAAUGCUUAUAUAUAGAGUGUCCACCCAUUCUGCCCAGAGUGGGUGAAAACGUGCUUUGGUGAUGAAAUUUUACUUCCUUAUGUUAUCAAAUACAUUUUACCAAGACAAAUAUGAUUAUUCAUGUUCUGAAUCGUUCGUCUUUCUCUAACAUAUCAUUAUCGAAUUUCAUAACCUAAUGCAUCUGAUAAUAAACACCAAACUCGGUUGACAUAGCAGUGCAGGUUUCUCGUAAAAACGUUUGAGGAUUUUACAUCUUGUGGUGGUCGUCUUCAAAGUUGUUUCCGUGGGUCGCAAAAAGCUAAAUUAGCAUGACACAAGCUGAAUAAAAUAAAAUAAAAAUGUAAAAAAAAAGCUUGGUAUAAGCUCAGUGCUCCGUUGACAUUUCAGAGAUACAUUUGUUUUUGUGAGAAAUCUUUCAACUUAAUAUGAAAAGCGUAUACUAAAAUAUGAAAAUACUACAUGUCAUGUCUGGAAAUCAAUAUACAUCUUACAUCUUACCUCUAUUGUUUUAUGUCCUGUUGAUUCGAGAAGAAAGAUGACGAGUUCAAUGGGAAAGUGAGCCUGUCAGCUAGCCAUGCAGCCUUAAUUCUUGCAGAGAAUCCACCUAGAUGAUGCGAUGCAAUUUUUCAGAUUUUUGAACAUCUUUUUUUUCUUUGACCUCCAUUGAUUUAGUCACCCUAAUUCUGGCCAUCCUACAAGGGUAAAACCACCAAUAACUUUUGAACUGAUUAUGAUAGAGACAUGAGGUUUGCACCAUUGGCUUUCUUAGAGGAUUCUCAAAAUUAACAUAGUAUUUUACCCAUUGGUCAAAAAAUUAUUUUUGAUUGGACACCCUAUUACAGUGGGGAAAAAAAGUAUUUAGUCAGCCACCAAUUGUGCAAGUUCUCCCACUUCAAAAGUUGAGAGAGGCCUGUAAUUUUCAUCAUAGGUACACGUCAACUAUGACAGACAAAAUGAGAAAAAAAAUCCAGAAAAUCACAUUGUAGGAUUUGUAAUGAAUUUAUUUGCAAAUUAUGGUGGAAAAUAAGUAUUUGUUCAAUAACAAGUCUCUCAAUACUUUGUUAUAUACCCAUUGUUGGCAAUGACACAGGUUAAACGUUUUCUGUAAGUCUCACAAGGUUUUCACACACUGUUGCUGGUAUUUUGGCCCAUUCCUGCAUGCAGAUCUCCUCUAGAGCAGUGAUGUUUUGGGGCUGUCGCUGGGCAACACGGACUUUCAACUCCCUCCAAAGAUUUUCUAUGGGGUUGAGAUCUGGAGAUGGCUAGGCCACUCCAGGACCUUGAAAUGCUUCUUACGAAGCCACUCCUUCGUUGCCCGGGCGGUGUGUUUGGGAUCAUUGUCAUGCUGAAAGACCCAGCCACGUUUCAUCUUCAAUGCCCUUGCUGAUGGAAGGAGGUUUUCACUCAAAAUCUCACGAUACAUGGCCCCAUUCAUUCUUUCCUUUACACGGAUCAGUCGUCCUGGUCCCUUUGCAGAAAAACAGCCCCAAAGCAUGAUGUUUCCACCCCCAUGCUUCACAGUAGGUAUGGUGUUCUUUGGAUGCAACUCAGCAUUCUUUGUCCUCCAAACACGACGAGUUGAGUUUUUACCAAAAAGUUCUAUUUUGGUUUCAUCUGACCAUAUGACAUUCUCCCAAUCCUCUUCCGGAUCAUCCAAAUGCACUCUAGCAAACUUCAGACGGGCCUGGACAUGUACUGGCUUAAGCAGGGGGACACGUCUGGCACUGCAGGAUUUGAGUCCCUGGCGGCGUAGUGUGUUACUGAUGGUUGGCUUUGUUACUUUGGUCCCAGCUCUCUGCAGGUCAUUCACUAGGUCCCCCCGUGUGGUUCUGGGAUUUUUGCUCACUGUUCUUGUGAUAAUUUUGACCCCACGGGGUGAGAUCUUGCGUGGAGCCCUAGAUCGAGGGAGAUUAUCAGUGGUCUUGUAUGUCUUCCAUUUCCUAAUAAUUGCUCCCACAGUUGAUUUCUUCAAACCAAGCUGCUUACCUAUUGCAGAUUCAGUCUUCCCAGCCUGGUGCAGGUCUACAAUUUUGUUUCUGGUGUCCUUUGACAGCUCUUUGGUCUUGGCCAUAGUGGAGUUUGGAGUGUGACUGUUUGAGGUUGUGGACAGGUGUCUUUUAUACUGAUAACAAGUUCAAACAGGUGCCAUUAAUACAGGUAACGAGUGGAGGACAGAGGAGCCUCUUAAAAGAAGAAGUUACAUGUCUGUGAGAGCCAGAAAUCUUGCUUGUUUGUAGGUGACCAAAUACUUAUUUUCCACCAUAAUUUGCAAAUAUAUUCAUAAAAAAUCCUACAAUGUGAUUUUCUGGAUUUUCUUUUCUCAAUUUGUCUGUCAUAGUUGACGUGUACCUAUGAUGAAAAUUAUAGGCCUCUCUCAUCUUUUUAAGUGGGAGAACUUGCACAAUUGGUGGCUGACUAAAUACUUUUUUCCCCCACUGUAUAUAGCAACAAUAAAGUGCAGUCCUAGCCAUUAGACCUCCCUCUCUCUGUGUAGUUGGCGCUGUUCAACCUCUAAAGCUAUUCAAAUGUCCACAGUAGCAUACCACUUAUAACAAAGCAAUCACAUUCUAAGUAGUAUGCUAGUGUGGAUAUUCGAACAGGCACGAACUCUCUCCUCUAUCUGUCUCUCCUCUAUCUAUCUAUCUCUCCUCUCCUCUGUCUCUCCUCUCUGCUCUGUUUCUCCACAGCGUCUGCUACUCCAAGACCUUAAUGACAGCCACGUGUGUAACUCUCUCCUGGUGGCAGAGAGUGAAGAGGAUAUCUGGAAGAACGAGUCCCUGCACAGACUGAGACUGGCAAACUCUGACGGUUAGUCAGUCAACACUCACGAUCACUAUUAUCUGCACACACUUAUACACAUGCUACAGACACACUUGCCAACUCUGACAGUCAGUUAGUUAGUCAACACUCACCAACACACACAUACAUAGUUCACCCUCCCCCCCCAAAAAAAAUAUUAUGGUAAGGAAACAAAUGUCAUUUAGAAAUUUGGUCUAACUUUCUUUAGGACAGGGGUGGGCAACAUAUGGCCCACGGGCCGGAUCCGGUCCACUAGCCAUUCAAUCUGGCACACAGGAAGUUUGAGUACAUUUUUUAAAUAUAUUUUGGGUUUUUAAAAAACACCAGGCCACUCUUGAACGUCUAAAACUAGAUUUAAAGUAUGUAGAAAUUAUAAUGGAUCUAUAUAUUUACAAAUAACUGUAUUUGUCUGGCCCGCAAAUUGCCCCUAAAAUACUUGUACCCCCCUUUUUCUCCCCAAUUUCGUCAUAUCCAAUUUCGAUCUUGUCUCAUCGCUGCAACUCCCCAACGGGCUCGGGAGAGACGAAGGUCGAGUCAUGCGUCCUCCGAAACAUGACCCGCCAAUCCGCGCUCCGUAACACCCGCCCGCUUAACCCGGAAGCCAGCCGCACCAAUGUGUCGGAGGAAACACCCUUCAACUGACAACCGAGGUCAGCCUGCAGGCGCCCGGCCCGCCACAAGGAGUCGCUAGAGCACGAUGAGCCAAGUAAAGCCCCCCCGGCCAAACCCUCCCCCUCCCCCGGACAACGCUGGGCCAAUUGUGCGCCGCCCUAUGGGACUUUCGGUCACGGCCGGUUGUGACACAGCCUGGGAUGGAACCCAGGUCUGUAGUGACCCCCCAAAGCACUGCGAUGCAAUGCCUUAGACUGCUGCGCCACUCGGGAGGCCCGCUGAAUUUUGUUUAUCCCGAUAUGGCCCUCGAGCCAAAAUGAUUUCCCAUCCCUGCUUUAGAAGGGCUCUCCAAUAAAUUUUUGCAAACACCAUAAACUUAAUGUGCAUCAUAUGUAUGCCCUUGAUGGCACCAAGUUUGUCAUUGUACAGUACACAAGUUAAUAAUGCAUUGCACUUUCUUGGCCCUGUGAGCUCCAAACUGUCACAGUGAUAAUGGAGCACAAUCAAUACAGGGCCAAGGAGAAGGAAACUCACUCACACUCUCUCUCUCUAACGUACGCAAGGUUACAGGGAAGAGCAUCAGUGACAGGCCAUUGAAGUAUGCUUGGAGAGGGGAGCAGUGGGAACGCUCAUUAGAUUCACUUUAUAUUUUAUGGCAGCCGUUAAGCCAGAAUUACCAACUGUAAUUUCCUAAUAUCGCUGAUUGUUUUGCUCCAGUGUGUGUAAAUGAAUUGGAUCCUGUAGAGGGUAUAGACAUCAGAGAGGGCUUGUUGUUUGUGACUGCAGUGCAAUAACAUAAUGUUACUGGGGAAGGGAAGAGGCUCCCAGAACAAAUUGUGCUGUUUCUUUUCCUGGCUGGCGUCACACUGAAAUGCGUCCUCCCUCUCUCCUCUGCAGUUGUGGUUGUAAAUUAUUUUAUCUCUCUCUCGCUCGCUCGCUCGCUCGCUCCCCUCUUCUCCACCCACCAGCAGAUUACAAUGCAGAGGAGACCUACCAGCCGCGGGACUACCUUGCCGCCACCAUGCAGUUCAUCCCAGGUCACUUUGCCUGUGAGGUGGUGUGGAGCACUGUCAUCCACAUCCACCCUCGCCUCAAGAUGGGACCCAACAUGUGUGUGUCCAGGGGUAAGUCAGUGCCACUCGCAAAAUAUAGAACAAAAAUGUGUUUGGGCAUGCAGAGAAAUAAAGACCACUGACAGAGUAAGACGUAAUGUCUUCAUGACCAUUAACAAUAACAUGUUGAUCCUGAAUUGUACUUUAAAUAUGCCAAAAUUACUAUACAUAUGACAAUUAUGUGGAAAUGAUGAUGAAUAGGAAAAUUAAUGAGUUCCUUUACUUAAAGGAGCAGUGUGGUCAAAAACAUGAUUUUUCUGUGUUUUAUUUAUAUUUCCACACUAUGAGGUUGGAAUAAUACUGUGAAAUUGUAAAAAUGUUGAUAAUGCCCUUUUAGUGUAAGAACUGUUUGAAAAUACCUCCUGAAAUUUCAGCCUGUUUGCAUGGGUGGGGGUUUUGGACGGCCUGGUGACGUCACCGGGCGAUAUAAGUUAAUAGACUAAUAACGAAGAGAGUUUGCCCUCCUCUCUGCCAAUAACAGUUAGUUUUCAGGUUACAUAUCCCUCCCAUUACGCUCCUCCAAUUAGGCCCUUAACUCAGGCCACUCCUACACAGUCCUAGCAAUAUUUUUGCUUGAGAAAUUGCUUUUUGCUAAGAAGCUAUUUUUGUUUCUUUUUGACCAUUUUAAUUGGAAGAAAAUCACAGUACUUAAUUGUUACCCACAAAUAAUUUGAAAUUGAGAUAACAACUGCUGCGUUGGUCCUUUUUAAAAUACUUAUCAUUUUAAUAUGAUGGAUUCAAUACAAUCAGUGUCAGUAUAAUUGAGAUGGUUUGCUCAGUAACUUUAUUUGUGUUGAAAGACUCUCUUCUCCUCUCCAUAUCCCAGCUAUCCAGGCUCUGCGGUCAGUGCUCAACGCCAUGUGUGUGGUUAACAGGAAGAGCAUGUUUGUCUAUCAGGAGCGCACCACCAAAUCAGUCUUCUACCUCCGGUUAGCCCUGGUGCCCCCCUUAUUCUUACGCCACUGCCUCCCCUCUCAUUGUAGAACAGUCCCACCUCUUCAUAGGCACUUAUCUCUGCUGCAUCCAACCCUGCACCCAAAGACUUGUUGAAAGAAUUGAGUUGAGCAUGCCAAUUCUUGAUUAUGCAUCUUAAAGUUCCCUCACCCCCAACAUAUUCCCAUGAUCUCUCUUCUUCCCAGACUUUCUGAGAUGUCACAAACAGGGAAGUACUCUGACCUGGAUGGCAACCUGCGCCCCAUGUCUCGCUGUGUCGGCCUCGCCCGGAGCCAGGAGCCCCUCUUCUCUGAGGACCUCACGGUACAGUAGCACACUUACAGAGGGUUUCUCUAUUGGUCAACAAGAAACUGUGGCCCUGAAGAACCAUUAGGGCUCUAUACUCUGAGGAUCCCAAUAUACAGUAGCUCAUAGUGGAUUUCUCUAUUGAAGUGUAGGCAGCUGUGGCCCUGAGAAACCAUGAGGGCUCUGAAGUGGUGUCACCACUACAUGAUUUAUCUGCUGUUCCCGGAACUGUGGUAACCUGCCCUUGGGUUAGAGAGGAUUGUGGGUUGUUACUGUCAAAUAUCUGCAGUGGUCUGACGUGUUUCUGCGUGUGUGUCUUUCUGUGCGUGCGUGCAUGUGUCUGUGUUUUACUCUGUCCGUCAACAGGGCUCCCGGUCAUUUCUGGAAGGUGCUCGGCCAGUGGGACAGGUGGACAAACACAUCCUGUUGCUGGUGCAUGGAGUGGGAAGUGCUGGUAAGACAGGGAUUUGGAGAGAGAGGGGAAGAGAGGGGCUCAGGGGGCUCGGGGAACAUUGGGACAGAAUCCUGCAGUGUAUGGAUUGUGAGCAGAGGUAGCAUAAUGAGAGAUUGACUGAAGGAAAGGGCUGAGGCUGGAGUUAAAAACUGAAGUUAGGACUAAGAAACCUCUCAGUGCACCUCUGUGUCACCUCUCAGUGCAUUCCCACUCUGAGAUAAAUGUGCCCACACUACUGUCCUCCUGACAAACUUAAGAGUAAAAUAUAUUAAUUGUGGGUUGCAAAUAGUGUGAACAUUCUGUACGCUGUGCUGCAGUACCUCUAACAGCAUGCUAGAUGGCACUGUUGAUCUUGCUCCAUCUAGCUCUGCCCAGGCUUCAUCUAUGACGUCAGCUGUUUCUCUCUGAAAGUCUUUCUGAGCUUCAACAACAAGAGUGACUUAUUAAAAUCUUCCCAAGUUUUUUUUCUCUCCCCCACAACUGUUCAUACAGCUCAACUUCUUUAUUUAUGAAUUCCUUUGUUUACAGAGAGUUGAACAUUUCUUGAAGUGUGUGUAUGUGUUUCUAUGCAACGUUUGUUUCUAAGGCUCCAGAUACCAUUUGUAUGUCUCAGUGUCCAGAAUGAAGGAAGUUAGCGGUAGUUUCGCGAGCCAAUGCUAACUAGCGUUAGCGAAAUGACUGGAAGUCUAUGGGUAUCUUCUAGCAUGCGCUAGCGCUUCAAACUGCACGCAGAGACCCACAAGUUCAUAUGACGCUGGGGAAGUAGAUAAAGGGCCUCAUUGCCAAAAUCCCGAAGUAUCCCUUUAAAGAAGCAGCUGUUGUAGAGCUGAAAAGAGGCAGCCGAGUCAGGUCUGAGGCCAGGGUGACAGGCUUUAAAAUCUGACCUCUCCUCAUCUCCUCCCCAUCAUCUGCACUGAUGGGAAAAAGACUUGACAGGUGAAAACAGUAUGGUGGACGCUCAUCAUUAGGCUGGCUUUCACCUGGUCAGAGCGAUGAAGCAGAGGAGGUGAGGAGAGGAUGGGUUUUUUGGGUGGCAAUUGGAAAAGAGCCAUGGUUUGAGGUCUAUUCUCCUGACCCCUGCCUCUGCCUGGUCUGCAACACAGGUCCGGAGAUCACAGAUGAGCUGGUGAAGGUUCUGAAGAAGCGUCUGGAUGAGACAACCCUGGACAUCAUCACCAUCAUGCUGGGCAGGAACUGCAAACUCACCCCCGCUGACGUGGAGGUAAAUGAUUUGGUGCAUUAGCGUCACUUAUUCCUUUGAUGAAUCAAGUUUGGGUCAUUCUGUGGUGGGAGGGGCUAGUUCAAAUCUAGCUACUUCCAACCCCAGAAGUAGAGUUGACUUGUACACAUGCGAUGUGGUUCUGAAUCUCUCGUGGAAAGACCACGUAGCAUUACACAGUAUUUAGUAGGAAUGGGAGAGACAUGGUGGUUGAUUAUGUGUUGAUGUUCUCCCCUCAGUUUAUCCAGCCGUCAGGCUCUCCAGCCACUGAGGUGAUGGAGUUUACUCUACCGCAGUGCUUCAUUCCCUGGACCCAUGCUGUGGCCCACUACCUCAGGCAGAACCUGCUGAUCUUCCUCCACAUCCCCAAGUACACAGACAGCUACGUAGAACACCACUUCAAGGUAGGCUACACCACUAGUAUACUAUACUAAACUAGUACACAGACAGCUACGUAGAACACCACUUCAAGGUAGGCUACACCACUAGUAUACUAUACUACACUAGUACACAGACAGCUACGUAGAACACCACUUCAAGGUAGGCUACACCACUACUAUACUACACUGCACUAGUACACAGACAGCUACAUCGAACACUACCACAAGGAAGGCUACAGCCAAGCCUACAGACAGUAG